GAGGGCCCGGGGCUCCAAGGAGUGGCUGCAGGCAGGUGCAAAAAUAUGACCGCACAUGAUGUUUGCUAACCCGCUUUUUGAACCUAAUAGAUCAUGGCCAUUUCCCAAGUCAAUGCAAAGAGCAGUGAUUCUCUGAGUGUUGCCUGGGAACUUAGAAAUGCAAAUUCUUGGGUGCUACUGGGACCUACUCAAUCAGAAACUGAGAGUUCUGAACUUUAACUAGCCCUCUGGGUCAGGGGUUGGCAAACACGCAGCUCCAGGGCCAAAUGCAGCCUGCCACCUGUUUUUGCAAAUAAAUUUUAAUGGGACUCAGCCAUGGAAAUUCGUUGACAUGUUGUCUACGGCUGGUUUGGUGCUACAUUGACAGAAUUGUGUCAGAGAUGGAUGGCCUGCAAAGCCUUUACAGAAAAUGUUGCCUAUCACCCCUGCUCUAGGUGGAGCGGAAGCUUCACGCUAAGGUUUGGCAACCACCGGCAUAGAGAGACACUUCCUCCUUCUUAGUGGUUUAAUGGAUUCCAUUCUAUGCACGUUCUAUAGCAGACCAGAACCAGACCCAGUGUUGGCCACUGGUUGGUCUCCGGUUUUCAAAAUCAGACACGUCCUCAUAAACACAUCUUUGCGCCCUUGUCCAAGGAUCUGUAGAUAAAAUUCCUAGCACUGAAACUUAGUUGGGUUGAAAGAUGUGUACAAUUUCAAGCGCCAGGAUACCAUUACCUAAGCACCUUCUAGAAACUUUCUAUCAAUCUACACCCUCCAGCCAAGAGUGAGUAUUUGUCUUUCUUUGCUAAUCUACAAGUCGAAAAAAAGGUUUUCGUUCUUGUCAUUCAUAUUUCUUUGGUGACUACUGGGGUUGAACAUCUUUCUAUGUAUUUGGAAGCGGUUUGUACUUCUUUUGAAAAUUCCUUGUGUGUGUCCCUGGCCCAUUUUCCUACUGAAUGUCAAGAACUGUGAAGUCAGCUUGCCGCAGUUUCAUGGCUGCUGGUAAAAGACACAAGACUCCCAGAUCAGAGACAGAGGACGGUUUAUUACGCCCAGCAAGAGGAGUAGCCAGACCAUCAGCAUUUGUGCUAGUUUUCUGAAUCACCGUUCCCACAGGGUGAAAUAAAGAGGGCAGUGAGGUGCACCACAGGAGAAGAACCCUAAGCUUAGGGAACCUGAAUCUUUUAUAAUGGAUCAUAUGCCUGCCCGCCAUUUGCUCCAGAGAGAGACACUGUCUCUCUUUCAAUGCUGUUCACUAAACAAAAUCCUUGAAAAGACAGUCUGGACAAAAGCAGUCAGUGUCUCUGCAGAAAUACAAGAGACUCCUGGAGAAGUGUCUCCCAACACUGGGUUAUUUAUCUUAUUCUUAUUUAUUUUCAGAAGCUCCUUGCUUCUUAGAGAUAUUAACUCUUUGAGACAUACAACUUGUAAUUAUUUUCCCCAGAUUCCUUUUUCUUUUGGCUUUAUUUGCAGCUUUUUGUGUUGGAGGGAGGGGGUGCAGAAGUUUGUCAUUUUAGAGUCAACCUCAUCGAUAUUCCCUCCAUGAUACAUGAUCUUGGUAUCAUGCUUAGAAAAGCCUUUCUCUUCCUAGAGUUGACCACUUUCCUUCCUUCCAGUGCUCUAAUCAUUUUAAAUUGCACACUAAGUCUUUGAUGUAUCUGGAAGGUACUUUAGUGGAAGCAAUGAAAUUGGGAUUUGGCAUUGACAUCCUUUCCCCCAGCGGUUGGGGAAAUGGUCUCUGACAUCAUGAGUUGAGGCACGAAAGGGUCUUUGCCAAGGCUAGUUUUAUGUUAGGGUUUUUGGGAAACUCUGUGAAUGUCCGUUCCCUGGGAAUGGCUUAUUUUAUGUUAUUUGAAAUGUCACUUGUUGAAAGGUUUGGGGGAAGGUUUGUUCGGGAUGGUUUACUCUGUAGAGUCUUUGGGGGAAAUCUGUCAUCAUGGUUUGGUAGGGUCUCCGGGAACGGCUGUUAUUGUAGAGCCAAGGAGACGUUUACAUUGUCAUUAAGUCUUAUUUGGGAAAGUGUUAUAGAGGGUGUCCUCCUCUCCCACAGGAUCCCUCUUCGCCGAGUCUACACUGGACGCGGGGUCCUGAACCCACUGAGGGGAUGGGGGAAGCCAGCAAAACCCCCCAGGAUGGGGGCUCCAUCCCCCGGGGACAAGCCCAUCUUCGUGCCUCUCUCUGACUACAUGAACGCCCAGUAUUACGGGGAAAUUGGGCUGGGAACACCCCCACAGAACUUCUCUGUCGUCUUUGACACUGGCUCCUCCAAUCUCUGGGUCCCGUCCGUGAGAUGCCAUUUCUUCAGUCUGCCCUGCUGGUUCCACCAUCGCUUCAACCCCAAAGCCUCCAGCUCCUUCAAGCCCAAUGGGACCAAGUUUGCCAUUCAAUAUGGAACCGGGCGGCUAAAUGGCAUCCUGAGUGAGGACAAGCUGACUAUUGGGGGAAUCACGGGUGCAUCAGUGGUUUUUGGGGAGGCCCUGUCAGAGCCCAGCCUGAUCUUCACUAUUGCCCACUUCGAUGGGAUAUUGGGCCUCGGUUUCCCCAUUUUGGCCGUGGAAGGAGUUCGGCCCCCACUGGAUACAUUGGUGGACGAGGGGCUGCUGGAUAAGCCCGUCUUCUCCUUCUACCUCAACAGGGACCCUGAGGCGGCUGAUGGAGGAGAGCUGGUUCUGGGCGGCUCAGACCCAGCCCACUACAUCCCACCCCUCACCUUCGUGCCAGUCACGAUCCCUGCCUACUGGCAGAUCCACAUGGAGCGUGUGAAGGUGGGCACAGGGCUGACUCUUUGUGCCCAGGGCUGUGCUGCCAUUCUGGACACAGGCACGUCUCUAAUCACGGGACCCACUGAGGAGAUCCGAGCCUUGCAUGCAGCCAUUGGGGGAAUCCCUCUGCUAGCGGGGGAGUACCUCCUCCAGUGCUCCACAAUCCCAAGGCUCCCUCCAGUGUCCCUCCUCCUUGCGGGGACCUGGUUUACCCUCACGGCCCAGGACUACGUCAUCCAGAUUGUUCGGGGUGGCGUCCGCCUCUGCUUGUCCGGCUUUGCGGCCCUGGACGUGCCUCCACCCACAGGGCCCCUCUGGAUCCUCGGUGACGUCUUCUUGGGCAGCUUCGUGGCCGUCUUCGACCGUGGGGACGUGAACGGCGGGGCCCGAGUGGGGCUGGCGCGCGCUCGUCCUCGCGGGGCGUGACGUCGAAGGGGUUGGACCCGCGCAGGCGCAGUUCUCCGGUGGACGCCCCAGUUAGGCGCAUGCGCAAAGGGUCGUAGCAGAGGCACCGCUACUCAGUAAAAUACUCCACUAUUUCCAUUGAACCCACCUGGAUCGCCUCU